CGUAAUGACAGCACGCAUAUUCUAGGAUUGUAGUGUAACCCGCAGAUAGAGCUCUAUACAGCAUGUCGGGUCUGUUUCGCGGAGCUCUAAAUUUAAUACAAGGAGAAAGUACAUCAAAUCCAAUACAUCCGCUGGUUGGAACUCAACUGGAAGUUGGUUCUAUACGUUUGCGAGUAGAUAGUUUAAUCGCAGAAGGUGGAUUUGCUGUGGUUUUUGCUGCAUAUGAUAGUGCUCACAAAUGGUAUGCUCUAAAAAGGCAAUUAACAAAAGAUCGGGAAGCGAUGGAAGCCGUUAUGUUAGAGAUUCGAAUAUUGAAAGAACUGUCGGGUCACCCUUCAAUAAUAGAGUUCCAUGGUGCUGCUCAGUUGAAGAUUCCUUCCGGAGGUGUCGAAUUCCUACUGUUGACCGAAUUAUGCCCAGGCGGUUCCGUCGCCGAUUUAAUGAAGAAUUCUCGAAUAAGUCCGAAACAAGCACUGAGGAUAUUCUAUGCAGCAGCUAGAGCCAUUUGCCAUAUGCAUGAGCGGAAAGUGCCCAUUACUCACCGUGAUAUGAAGAUUGAAAACUUGUUGUUCGAUGCCACUGGACGAGUUAAGUUGUGCGAUUUUGGUAGUGCUACCGUACAAACUUUCCAUCCUGAUGAUACAUGGAACAUAACAAGAAGAACACAAUUAGAAGAAGAGAUGCAAAGGCACACAACUCCUAUGUACCGAGCUCCAGAAAUUCUAGAUACGUAUCAAAAUUAUGUUGUCGGUCCGCAGCAAGAUAUUUGGGCACUAGGUUGCGUACUGUUUUACCUUUGCUAUCAUGUCCAUCCUUUCGAGGAUUCAGCAAAGUUAAGGAUUCUUAAUGUAGCUUACACCAUACCAUCAGGUUCUGAAGAAUGUCGGGAUAUACUACCUGUCAUAGAAUCUUGUCUAAAGGCAGACCCGGUCAGACGUCCUGGUGCCAAAGAUCUCGUUGAAAGGACGGAAGCUCUCUCCGUAGCUCUAAACAUUGAUCUGUCAAAGCCAGUCAUAAAUGUUGACACUCCACUUCUCAAACGAGUACCGGGACGAUCUUCUGGGGCUGCAUCGAAUGCUGCUCCACCGCGGCCACCACCCCCUCGAUCAGCGGUAGCUGAGGAAGUGACAGAGCAGGCUUCAGCGAUGCUUGGAGCUCUCAAGGGUCAAGGUUUGUCUCUGCUGAAAAAUCUAAGGGAAAAGUCUUCAGCUGUGGUUCAGAAAGUCCAAGCUAAGUUGGCCCCUCAAGAGGUCACAUGGAUAACAUCCAGACUGUGCAUUAUUCCUGUUGCAAGACACGCCCAAGAGCAGGUUGACGAAGACGAAUGGAAUGCUAGGGUAGCGUCCACCGGGAGGCCAUAUGUAGUUUAUAAUUUGUCAGCAAGGACUAUGCAUAGCAAUAAUCGUGUCGAACAGAUGCCAUGUGCGCUGCGGAAUAUCCGACCUCAGGUGCAUCCACCUAUUGAUGAUAUUUUGAAGGUGUGCUCGGCCAUUGUGACCUCCCUUCGUCAUCGUCCCGGCACCUGUGUAGUAUUAUAUGGAGCAGAAAGCCAUUGUGUGAUGGUUUCUGCGGCUUUGUUAGUAUACUGUAAAUUAGUUGGUGAUGUCAAUGAUGCCUACGAUUUUGUUUCAAACAAACGUAGGCUCGUUCAACGAUUCGCACCUUCGCAGAUUCAUAUAUUGGAUCUCAUCAAGAAUCUCACUUCUGCAGCUUCUGUAGUACUGCUGCCCAGAAGUCGUCCCAUGUCCCUGCGUUCUAUUUCAUUCAGUCCUCUUCCGCUUUUAGCGGGUGUUCGCAGCGGCGUACGACCAAUUAUAGAAAUUUAUGUUAACUCAUCUAAGGUUUGGGAGUCUGAAGGCUGUAAAAGGUCUUUAACAAUAGCGAAAUCACUCUCGUCCGAACUAGAUGUGGGAGAUGUUCUCUUAGACGGUCAAGUCACACUGCUCAUGUCGUACAGUAGGUCGGAUUCGAGCGAUGCUACAUCCAAGAAGUUCAUGUUUUCUGUUGUGUUUCACACCAGCACCGCGGAGGAACUCAUGAAAUUUGCUCGAUCGGAUAUAGACAUCAGCGCGGUCGAAGAGAACAACAUACCACCUGACUUUAGUAUCACAAAUUCAGAAGGAAAUCCUAGCAGGUUUGGUCCUCUUUUUUCCGACAGUGGAGUCCUCUUGCAGUGUAUGUUAGCGGGUCGCCAUCAUGGCUACCAGGCUCUUGGACAAAAGCCUCACAUAUUUCAGAGGAUUGCGCUGGGUCUUCGAAUAAUCUCGGACGAUAGUCUCAGCUAUGACUCAUCAACACAGGAACCCGAUGUUUUACGAGCUGGUUCUCCCGAUUUGCUUGUUCUUGAUUUCGAAGAGCAAAAACAAAUAAUGGAUUGGUAUAGCAUGUCGUCAGAAGCGAGCGCAUCUAUGGAAGCUGGACGCUCUGAAAUCUCUAGUGACGCUUCGCAAAUUCCAGUCACCUCGAGCUCCGACUUUUUUGAGACCCUGGAGUGGACAGAGCGUCAACAGGUGAACGCUGCUCGACCCCCUCCACCACCGCCACCGGUUAUUCAUGAAAAACCUCAUGUUACCGAUCCAAAUCUGUUCUCCAUUUUACAAUCGGAGAGAACGCAGACGACGGGCGUAUCUUCACCAUCAAGUCGCAGUAACUCGUCUCGUCUACCUAUGCAAAGUGGCGCGGAUAUUGCGGAAGCUUACGAACGCCAAGCGGGCAUACGAGUAAGCCAUGUAGCAGAUCCAGACGCUGAUCAGUACCGAUUCGAUUGUGAAAAAGAGACACCUAUACUAAGCGCUUUCACUCCUCCUUGCGCUCCUGUCAGUGAAUUCGAUCUGCUGGACUUAGGAUCUUCAGGGCCGAGUAACACGGAUGCUACCCAAGCUAGAUCUCCAGAUCCGUUCUCGGAUCUGCUGAAGGAUAGUUGGUCGGUUCCGACUGCUCCAGCUGCUCCGAAUACCGAUGAUCUGUUGGGAGACUGGACCGCUCCUACACUCGGCGCAGGAAACCCAUCUGCAAUUCACCGCAAUGUCUCGGCACCGGCGUUCCAGCCUACAUCUGCCACUACUAUAGAUCCUUUCGCUGAGUUUCUCUCACAAAGUGCAAGUAAUCCUACAAGUACGCAAGCUUCUACUUCGAACAGCGGCUGUAAUACACCGAAACCCGCUAGGCCUAAUUACAGUCGUACCGCAUUCGAAGGCUUGAAUAACACUAAUACUACCGGAAAGGCGAAAGUGUCAAGUGACACUUUUGGUGAUCUUCUUUCUAGUCAGGGUUUCACUACUUCUUCGGCAAAGAACAUGAAUCGUACAUUAGGGGACAUGAAGAGAGCUGAAGAGAUCAAGGAGAUGGAUCCCGUCUCAAUCAAGAUCCGCGAUUGGGUAAAUGGAAAAGAGAAGAACAUUCGUGCUCUCUUAGGAUCUCUGAAUGAUGUACUCUGGGAAGGAGCUGAAAAAUGGCAGCAGCCAUCAAUGGCUGACCUUCUCACUGCAAACCAGGUAAAGAGAAGUUACUACAAAGCAUGUUUGGUAGUGCAUCCAGAUAAGCAAGUUGGGCAAGAACAUGAGAAACUUGCGCGAGCAAUUUUCACUGAACUCAAUGAGGCUUGGAAUGCAUUUGAACAAUCUGGUAGCCAGUUGUUGUAGCAUGAGCGUCUUCUAGGUGUUGCGUAUAUGGAUUUGCUUUGUCUCAAUAGUGCAGAUCUUCAGAGAGGUUGUGUGGUUUUUCUAGCUCUCGGGUCCUUAUCCUUAUCCUUAUAAUCUUUGUCCAUUAUCUUUAGUCUCUGUGAUCGAAGCUUUUGCGGCCUAUUUAUCAUUCCAUUUUUUAUUUGCUUAUCAGCUUUCAUAAUGUUUUUUAAUUGUCUGAAAGUUGUGAGUCGUAUGUGCAGAACGGGUGUUUGUGUUGCGCCCUUAUUAAAUGUACUUUGUAUUUAAAAGAAAUCCAAAGUUUCUUUUGUGCCACAUUCUAUAACUGAUGUGUGAAACAUAGCGAAUGAACUUGCUUCUAUUUA